UGUUGCCUGUUAGACAAUAUCAUUGUUUUUGCAAUUGCAUGGUAAAAAGUUUGAUCAUUACAUGGAGAAACAUAACAACUUAUGGUUUUUAAAACAUAAUAUUAAAGCAUAUCAGGUGCAUGCAUGUGGUUCUCUGGCUUCUCCAAAGUUUGGUAACGUAUCUAUCCGAUUUUCAAGGGACAAAAGUUUAGCAGCCACACUUUAUGCAAAAGCCUUUUUAUACAGGUAAAAUGUCUUUCCACUCAAUUUUUGAAACAAAUAAGUAGGAAAAUUGAGCUUAUUCUUGUCAUACACAAUUGUAAAGUGACAUUAUUUCAGCACAAAUGUAUGCAUCCGAGCGGGGGACAAGGCAAAAUCGUCCAUAUGUAGCUCAUUAUGAAGUUGUAGUUCGCUCAAAUGUGUCAAACACAUUAUAAUUUGAUAUGAUUCUACUUACUGUACAAUAGUUUGACAUGUAUAAAAGUUUAAACAUACAUUGUUACAGUUGUAUUAGCAAAUGCACACGUGGGACUGGAUUUUCACUAAUUUGCAUGUUUAGUGGAGAAUCAAUGUGUGUUGGUUUUCUCAUGGCGCAGCUCAUUUCUUAUUACUAAUGUCAUAGCUCUCAAUAUUCAACAUUAAUAAGAUAAUCUAACUAUUAAACAGGAGCCAGUUCGUGUGAAAAUAGUUUUACUGCAUGUUAAGAAUAACAUCAGUUAAAGUAAAUGUUUUCUAUAAUUCAGUCUACCUAUUAAAUUCUAGGACAUGUCUGGAAUUCAUUUAUAGUUCUUAAACAGAAAAACAUCAUACAAUCAUCAUACAAUCUAUCCGAAUCAUAAGGGGCUGAAUUAGAGAAUGUGCUAAAUGAAUUCAGGUCACAAGCAUUUGUCUGUUCCAGCUGUAUUGCAAAAGCGGCGUUCCAUAAAUGUGAUAAGCCAAUCGCAUAUCGGUAAAAUAUCACGUGAAUUGUUGCACGGAAGAGUCUAUUCCAUUGAACAAACGCUGUUCCACUCUAGCAUACGUUUACAGGUGUGAUUAUCUAUAUCACCUCCAUGGAUUUAGAUAAGAAUGUCUUUCAUCCAUUUAUACCCUGCUCAUUGCACUUUUAAUUUUAAACCCCUUUCAAAUACUCAAAAUACAAGACCUAAUGAUAGCAUGAAUGUCGACCGAAAACAGAUUUCCCAGAUUAAUAGAAUAGACUCUUCCUAACUUGUUUGGGACCCACAGCGCUUCCCUGGAUUAUACACCCAAGUAGAGAUGUCGGUAUGGAACUUUAUAGAUCUAGUGUAACACAGAAGGCAAUCUGUUGAUCAAACACGAUGUCAGAAACGACUUACGACACUAACAGGUUUCGGCUAAGAUGUCUUAUAAGGGAAUGCGGAAACAUAAUAUUCAAAUAUAGAGUAGAAGAGAAAGUUAAACCUCUCACGAUAGAGCAUUUUCUUCAAGACCCUGAAAACAAGCGAAAAUUAGACAGCCUUCAUAAAAAGCUCGUAAUCACUGGAGAACAGUAUGACCACCUGUAUCCAGAUUCGGGAUCGCCGUCUACCGAAGACUUUGACAUUACACUCUGGCUGGUUAUACUGCGAACCUUUUGUUGCUCCAGGCCUUAUAAUGACCCACUCUGGUACAAAUCAAAGAGUCCAGAAGCAAAUGACUUUUCACCUGAAGCAGAUGUAGUUAGAAUACGGGACCACAAAUCUGAGGUAGAAGAUGCCAAGGGACAAGAGCUUAACGAUAAAAACUUCAAAAAAAAAUGGGAAGACUUGUACCAGAUCAUUCUUCGUGCUGGAAGUGGAAUUGAUGGUUUGGAAAGCCGUAUACAGCAUAUCAAAGACAUGGAAUUUGAUGCAACAAAGGAUGAAGAAGUUGAGACAGACUUUAUGACAUGGAAGAAAAUGGAAAGGGAGUUUGAGCAAGGACUUGAUUUAUCGAUGUGUGAAUCAAAAAUAUUCCGGCUCAAACUGUAUUCUUUACUUGUUGACGGUGGGACUAGAGUAUUUAAAAACAUUCUUGAUGACAAGCUUCCCCCAUCAAGUCUCAAAUUAGCCAUUGCAAACAACACAAGCACGAUAAAGUUUCUUGAAGGCAAAGGUGUGAUAAAUGCCACUCAACUUAAGCUACUAUACCCAAGUUCAGGACCGCCAUUGUCAGAAGAAUUUGAUAUAACGCUUCUAGCCAUCUUGCUUCGCAAUUUUUGCUUCAAGACGAGACUUCCGGUUUGGAGUUCUAAAGGCCAGCCACCUGUGACAGACACUUCCCCAGAGGCUAAUAUUGUACGCAUAAGAGAGCAUAGGAACGAGAUCUAUCACCUUCCGAAAACAAGGGGCUUGACAGAAGAGGAAUUUGAAAUGAUGUGGGAACAAAUAACGCAGACUCUACUGAGAUUAGAUAGUAUCUGCAGCAAGAGAUUACCAAACUUACAGGAGGAAAUAGAUCAACUUCAAAGAAAUACCAUAGAUCCAAAACGAGAACAGGAGCUUCUUUGCAUCCUAGAUGAAUGGAUAAAAAUGGACAAAGAAUACGAGUCAAAGAUAAUAAGCACUAUUAUGAAACACAGUGCUUCGG